CUUAUGAAGUCGUUCGGUUUUUUUCCUAUAGAUUUUCAAGUAUUUCAAUUUUCGAAUUCGUGGGCUUAUUGUGUUGAAGGCUUGAAGCCCGCGGUCUUCUAUUGAGAAUGUUUUCCUGGUGGGCCAGGCCGGGUGGCCCAAUGGGAUAUGAUCGAGAAUUUAAAAAAUAAAUAAAUAAAAAAUUAUUACUGUCUUUUUCUUUUCAAAAAGCGCGCUGACAAAUAAGUACCUCGGCGCCCAGCAAAUGACGAAUCUUUCCCCGACAAACGCGGCCUUAAAAAAGAGCGCUAAACUCCAUUAACGACAGUAAAAAGACCUUCACUUCCUUUCACACUUUCCUCUUCCAGAAAUGCUCUAAUUCGAGAGAUCCCUUCUUGCUCCGUUCACCAAAUCUCCAUUUCCGCCGAAGAAAUGUCGUUGUCAUUUCUGCUCCUCCCGCUCCUCCUCUUCUCGCUGCUAUUCGGAGGCGUCGCCUCCCACGGCGCCGCCUCCGGUUCCUUCACCACCGGCACCACGCUAUCCGACUGGAGCGCCGCUCGGGCGACGUACUACGCCGCAUCCGACCCGCGGGACACCGUCGGCGGGGCCUGCGGCUACGGCGACCUGGUCCGGGCCGGGUACGGGAUGGCGACGGUCGGGCUCAGCGAGUCGCUGUUCGAGCGCGGCCAGAUCUGCGGCGCGUGCUUCGAGCUCCGAUGCGUCGACGACCUCCGCUGGUGCAUACCUGGGACUUCGAUUAUAGUGGCGGUGACGAACUUCUGCCCUCCAAAUUACGGGUUCCCUUCCGACGGCGGGGGACACUGUAACCCUCCCAACAAGCACUUCGUUCUCCCCAUUGAAGCUUUCGAGAAGAUUGCAAUCUGGAAGGCCGGCAACAUGCCUGUUCAGUACCGGAGAAUCAAAUGCCGGAAAGAAGGUGGGAUAAGAUUCCAGGUCUCGGGAUCGAGCAUCUUCAUCUCGGUGCUGAUCACCAAUGUGGCUGGAGCUGGGGACGUCACUGCGGUGAAGAUAAAGGGUUCGAGGACCGGGUGGCUUCCGAUGGGCAGGAAUUGGGGACAGAAUUGGCAUGUGAAUGCUGACUUGAGAAACCAGCCAUUGUCGUUUGAGGUCACUAGUAGUGAUGGCCAGACGAUUGCCUCUUACAAUGUUGCCCCUAAAGACUGGAACUUUGGGCAGACUUUUGAAGGUAGUAAGCAAUUUGGGACUUAAAAAGGUUGGAACUUGUACACGGCCAAAUGCCGCAAGUCCUCCAUUUUGUUGCCCCACUUCUAUGUGUACUGUUUUUGAGAUGGAGGAUGUAUGGAACUUAGAAAAAGAUGUAUAGAUUGGUAACACUGAACUUAUUCGUUGAGGGAAUACCUUGGAGCCGCAAAAAGAAAGGGGAAAAUAGGAAAAUGAAAGAAGGGGCUACAUGUAGAUGUAGUGAUGUCGGGGUCGGUUCGGAAUUAGUUCGAGCAAUAUAAGGUUAGAUUAGACGUGAAACGAGAAUGAGAAUUCAAGCGUAUUCGAUUUGGUUUUAUACAAUUUGGAUUAUUUUUUUGUUUCCUCAAAGAAUAUCGGAUCAUAAAUGAAAGUCUAAAGUAUGAGAAUCAAAAUUGAAAUAAAUU